AUGUCGUCGAAACGAGGGGCAGCCGACGAGAAUGCCUUAAUGGGAGCGGCACCAGCACUACCUACAGCCUUGCGACAAGAUCAUGCAUACCGAGCACGUGGUCUACCGUUGGGCUUCACUGAUCAACAGACUAUCGAACUAAUCUCAAGGCUUUUCAAACUAGACAAUAACACUUCUGAUCUGCGAAUCAGAUCGCUUGCCAAUGCCGUUACGGGACGUACGAUGGUGGCUGUACUGAGCUUCCAAACAAUUCCUGUAGAGCUCUCAGGCUGUGGAAACGAGUGGUCUUUUGAUAUUGGAGGUCUCCUUCAAAAUCUUCAAGCCGACGAUGGAAACAAAUCUCAAAUUCGUACUCUCACGGUUGACCACCACUUCCAUGGCUUCACGGUGCUCAGUUCCCCAUCUCCGCGUGAUCAUGAAGUCGAUUGCAUUGCAAUCUCAGGCUUAGGUGGCCAUGCUUUCGGGUCCUUUAAGGAAAAGGGUGGCUCAUAUAUGUGGCUUUGUGACGAGCUCCCAAGCGACCUUGCAACGACUCGAAUUAUUAUCUACGGCUACGAGUCACAGCUGCAUGAUAGUCAGAGCUUUCAGGAUCUUGAGGCUCUUGCUACUACGCUAAGAACGUCGUUGAAGAGCGGCAUACUUAGUGCAGAGUGCAAGCCAGUAUUUUUCAUUGCUCAUAGUUUAGGUGGAUUGAUUGUCAAGGAGGCCAUAAUUCAGAUGCGUAAUGCCCGUGAUCACCACCUGGAUAGUUCGAUUUAUGGAGCCCUGUUUUUCGGAGUCCCCAAUCAGGGCAUGGAUAUCAAAUCACUCAUCCCAAUGGUAGAAAACCAGGUUAACCAGAACCUCUUACACUCACUUAGUGCCGAAUCUCAACUACUCCGAGAACAGCAAAGAGAAUUCCCAGAAGCCUUUGACUCUCGCGAGUCAAAAAUUGUGUGCUUCUAUGAGACAGUUACGUCACCAACAGCAGUCAAGAGAGGUGAUAAAUGGUAUAUGGAUGGACCUCGCGCUAUUCUUGUCGGCUCGGCAUCUGCAACCCAUGGUCGUCCUUGGGAGAACGAGGCUCAUGAUGUCCAAGCCAUUAAUCGUGAUCACUCGCAGCUAGUGAAGUUUAAAGCCAACGAUGAAGUCUAUGAAAGGGUUCUUGGUACAGUGAAGGAUUUCGUCAAGGAAGCUUCUGCAGCGAAAAGGGGGCAUGAGGUAGAUGCAGGAGAAUUGACUGAAGAUGAUACCGCCUGUCUUAAAUCGUUGAACUUCCUUGAAAUGGGGUACCGGCAAGAGGAGGUGCUAGAUGCACGUGCAGACUCUUGUGGCUGGAUCCUUGAACAUGAGACUUAUCAAAGAUGGAUUGACGAUCCACACGGGCUGUUAUGGGUAAAAGGGAAGCCUGGCUCGGGAAAAUCGACGUUGAUGAAACGGAUAUUUAAGGAAGAUGCAGCACAAGCAGACGUACACUUAUCAUUCUUCUUCCACCGGCGUGGCGUUCAACUACAGCAGACGUUUACCGGCAUGUUACGAACAAUGUGUUAUCAACUAAUAUCUCAGUGCGCUCCUGCUCGGGCGAUAUUCCGCGCUCGUUAUAAUGACAAAAAGGAAUUCGGGCGCUAUGGUCAAGAUUGGGAUUGGCGCGAGGUGGAGCUUAGCCAAUUGCUGAAAUCUGCUAUAGCAGUCGCAACCCAAUCCCACGCCAUUAGCAUUUUCAUAGAUGCUCUCGACGAGGCCAGUGAGGGCUCGGCAGAAUCCAUCGUUACCUAUAUCUAUGAGGUGCAUGAGGAGUUUCAAAAUUCUGCAAGGCGAACCAGCAUCUGCUUCUCUUGUCGUCACUACCCUAUAGUGAGCUGCAACGCUGGGGUUGAAGUGUGCAUGGAAAACCAGAACGAAGACGAUAUCUCAGCUUGUGUCCAUCGAGAGCUUUCGGCGAAGAUCCAUGAACGUAAACGCCAAUCGUGGGCAAAUGAUCUCAAGCGUCUACAAAACAAAAUUGCAAAUAGCGCUUGUGGAGUGUUUCUAUGGGCAAGUCUUAUUGUUCCCCUCGUUGCGAAGGAGUACAACAAGGGAAAGAGUCUUGAUCGUGUGCUAGAGAUAUUGCACAAAGUACCGCGUGACUUGGACUCUAUCUAUAAGCAUAUUCUAACGACUCUGAUCGAUGACGAUGAUCGGGAAGACUCACUGCAUCUGAUGCAGUGGAUCUGUUUUGCAAAACAGCCCCUCUCACUCACCGAACUUCGCUACGCAUUGGCCUUGGAUGACUCGGCGAUCCAUGAGUUUCAGACAUGUAUUCAAGAAUCUGAGGGCUUUGUAGAGGACGAUACACAGAUGAAGCAGCUGAUCACGAGUCUGUCUGGUGGACUGGUCGAAGCUAGACAGCACUACAGCUCGGACCUAGUUCAAUUUAUUCAUCAAUCAGUAAAUGACUAUCUGCUCAAAGGUGGCUUUGCAUGGAUUGGAUUACAAAGUCAGCAAAACAUUGUUGGGCAGGGUAACGAUCGGCUCACCAGGUCCUGUAUCAAUUACUUGAAACAUGGAGAGGUCUCCGAAGCCGAAAAGCUGAAACUUUUAUCGCUAUAUAACGCCCGAGAAGAAAUUCAAACCAUGCCAUUGCUACAAUACGCUGUCAGGAACUGGUUUAUACAUGCGGAGGCAGCAGAAAGUAGAGGAAUUGCCCAGAAUUAUCUUAUCCAAAAAUUCAAUUGGCCGGAUACGCACUGUUUCGAUCUCUGGGUUGCCAUUUCCCGAUGGACUAACCACCCAGAUGAACUUAAGCGCCCAGAGCUUUCAUCAACGCUAUUGCAUACUGCAGCAGCUUCAAAUCUUGAAAGUAUUGUACAAGAACUGCUCGAGACUGGAUCAUUCUUAGAAAGGGAAGAUGCUGAGGGCAAUAGACCAUUACACUUUGCCGCUCGAUUUGGCCACGACAAGAUAAUCCGGAUGUUAUUGAAAUCCAAGGCAGAUAUCCAAGCCAAGAAUUCUGACGGACGCACAGCUCUCGAGCGUGCAGCUUCCGGAGGACAUUGUAGCACUAUCGAAAUAUUGAUAAAUGGCGGCGCGGAUGUGAAUUGUUCUACAGGCGAGUCAGGAAAUGCAUUACACGGUGCUGCACUUUCUGGAAGCCAUCUAGCAGUAAGGAUGCUAGUCCUAAACGGCGCCAACGUAAAUGCUCAAGGUGGAGAAUAUGGGAGUGCCCUUCAAGCAGCAGCAUAUAAAGGGAACGAGUCCGUUGUUAAGCUACUCCUCGACCACGGAGCUAAUGUGAACGCUCAAGGUGGAGAAUACAGGAGCGCCCUUCAAGCAGCAGCAUUUAGUGGAUUCGAGUCCAUUGCUAAGCUACUCCUCGACCAUGGAGCUAAUGUGAAUGCUCAAGGUGGAGAAUACAGGAGCGCCCUUCAAGCAGCAGUAGCUACGGAAAACGAGUCCAUUACUAAGCUACUCCUCGACCACGGAGCUAAUGUGAACGCUCAAGGUGGAGAAUUCGGGAAUGCCCUUCAAGCAGCAGCAGCAUAUAGGGGAAACGAGUCCGUUGUUAAGCUGCUCCUCGACCACGGAGCUAAUGUGAACGCUCAAGGUGGAAAAUACGGGAAUGCCCUUCAAGCAGCAAUAGGAUAUGGGGGAAAAGAGUCUAUUACUAAGCUACUCCUCGACCACGGAGCUAAUCUCACCUGUCAAGACAAUCAAGGCCGAAACACACUUCAGCUUGCUGUCAGAGGAAAUUGUCACCAAGUCAUAGAUCUUAUCUUAACUAAGACGGAAACACCAGAUUGGAGUUAUCAAGACUUGCAAGGCUGCUCCACUCUUCACAUUGCUGCAUCAGGCGCAUCAGAUCGGACCCUUCAGCUUAUUCUGCAGUCAAAUAUCAAUAUCAAUCUUGCGGAUACGUACGGAUGGACGGCACUUCAUUGGGCUUGUCGAAAUGGCAGUCAUGAAACAGUCCAAAUCCUGAGAGAGUCUGGAGCGGAUUCGAACAGCAGAGAUAAUAAAGGUUGGACACCGCUUGAUGUUGCUACGUUUUGUAGAAAUGGCUCAUUAAUCUCGGUUUUCCAAGAUGAAGUGAAGCAGGGAGAGCUGAAGCAGCUGAUUAGCAAACCUGGUAAACGUCAAAAUUGGGACUGUAGCUCUUGUUAUCAUGGUUACUCCUUUUCAUAUCUUUUCAGGAGACUAUACCUGGGUACUUCUUACGCACGGACUAAAUAUUGGCGGAUCGCCUCCCCUCACUACAAGAACACCGCGGCGAGAUCUACGAGUUCGUCGACAGCUAGUAUGCUAGAACCACCUUUUUCUCGACUCAUUUUCCCUACCCUACUACAGAAGACCACAUUGACAGCUGGCAAUGACGUCGCAUCUGCCUUGCCAACUGGAUCACCGAGAGCCUCAAUUCGAUAUAUACCGCCUGUAGCUGUUCGUGAUGGGAGCACACUUGCGAGAACGAAAGAUAACCCAGACGCAUAUUAUACAACAGAGCUACGGACUGAGCGCCUUGAUGGGAUCAAGCCUUAUUUGUGGCUAGCUGGCGUUCCUAGUUGUGCAAGAGCUUUGCAUCGACAGCAGCUCUUGGGUCGCGAGAUUCUUCUCACCGAAGACCCUAACGAGCACCUUGUUUGGCACGAAACUCGCAUUUUUAUCAAACCAUUUCCGUCUUUCUUGUUUGAUAUCGACUGCUGGGCCGAAAAGUUAUGCAGUCAGAAGCAGCUACAUGAAGCUGCCUGCGGCUUCGUCCUGUCAUAUGCAUGGCUUGUCAGACAUCAGAGCGACCUUCGAAUCGCACAUGAGCAGGGACUACUACCACACAUUAUUGACUGGGAAACCUGGACAGAGUUUGUCGACGACUUCCUUCAACACAUUGAUUUGCAGUCUCUCGGUGGCAUCUCACCUAGAUUUCAAUAUGGCGAACUACGGCUUUCUCGAUUGAACAAGAUCUAUCGUAUAAUAGGCUUUACCCGACGAGGCUUGAUUCGAGGGUAUAUAACAGCACCGACAUGGUAUCAGGACUUCUUCGCUCGUAACUUUGCCUGGUUACUGGCAAUAUUUGCUUUUAUGUCUGUGGCGCUGUCUGCGAUGCAGGUGGUCGUAGCUGUUGCAAGAGGUGGCGCAGCUUUUGAAGAUGCAUCUUACAGCUUCUCAAUAGUCUCGUUGUUCGUGGCAGCUGGGACAGCUUUGAUGUUUCUAGUUGUGUGGGUUGUACUUUUCGCAUAUCACCUGGUUUCUGCUGGGAUAAACGACCGACACGUUGUCAAUAAGAGAAAGAACUCUGCGCAGGUUCAAGGGGAUCUGGGACACCGGACGGGCUCUAAAGUAGUGUAG